CCCACGUUCGGCCAAGACGGACUGCAUCUGGGACAGGGCAAGGAUGGGCUGGCGCGGUGAAGGAUGCGGAGGGACCGGCCGGCCUGUUCUCAGACAGCUUUCGGGUGACCCUGAAGACCACUAUAGCCGAUAAAUGAUUUCCGCCGUCGGGGUAAACUGCACCGUAAGCCAGUUGAAAAGGUGUGUCGCGAAGAGAUUGGGGACCACCGAAGAGCAACUCGUGCUCAUCCACUCCGGUAACAUUCUCCGUGGGUCAGACCUGAUAACUGAGCAUAAAGGAAACGACGGAACAGUCAACCUCAACAUGUUUAUCAGUCCAGAGCUUGUGUCUACACCAGCUUCCUGGAGUGUGGCUUCCAGAACAGACCACGAAGUAGAGAUUGAUCACCUUACCCUUGAUAACCUGACCCCUUCACCCACCUCUCCUCUCUGUCUUGUGGAAGAGCUGGGCAGCCUGGGUCCGUUUGUCAGCGCUCCGGGAUUCUUCCAGCCUCUCCAGAGCCAGAUGGAGCGACAGCUGCUCUCCGACCCGGUGCUGAUGAGCAGUCUCCUGGGUAGCCCCUUGGUGCAGAGCGCCCUCUCCAGCCCCCAGCUCACCAAACAGCUCCUCCUGUCCAACCCUCUAAUCCUGCAGCUCCUCCAGAAGCCAGAGGUGGCCGACAUGAUGGAUGACCCGGAUGUCAUCGCACAGACCAGAGGAGACCCUCUAGUGACCUCAUCGUCGGGGGAAUCCCAGCCAAUCAGAGAUGAGGGACUGCCACUGCCCUUGUACAGGCAUUCAACAGAGCCCCUCACCAACAUGGCGGACACACCCACUGUAAAUCCUGCCUCGAAGGACCCCUUUUUCUGGAGGCAAGGAUAUAUCAUUUCCUUUCUGCUAGGCGGUAGACAAACCAUAACCACUACCACACUAUCACCCCCUCUGUGUGCAGGCAUGCAGUCUCUCCUGGAGCAUAUCUGUGCCUCUCCAGGUCUGAUGGAGAGCUUGCUCUCAGGGCCCUAUGUCAACAAGCAUACUGGAACCCUCUCUCAGAACCAGGACUUGGCCCGCACAGUGUACAUGCUGUUUCAGAUGCUGUUGAGCCACCCGUUGUUCUCAGGGAAUCCUCAGCUGCAGCAGCAAAUCAGAGAACAGCUUCCAAUGUUCCUGCAACAGAUGCAGAGUCCAGAGCUGCUGGCGGCCAUGUUGAACCCCUAGGGCGAUGAGGCUCUGCUUCAGAUCCAACACGGCCUACAGACCCUCGUCUCAGAAGCCCCGGCUCUGGUUACCCAGGUGAAAGAGGCAAACAGCUACAGCCCGCCAGCAAAUGCACCCCAGGGGGCUAUGGCGACAGAGCAGCAGCAGAUGCAGUUUGUACAGCAGAUGCUGCAGAUGUUGGCCAACACCAGUCAACAGGUUGGCCUCUGCUCCUUGUCUCCUGGUGGCUCCAGAGCAGAGAACUGGGACUGCAGCAUGUCCGCCCGCAUGUAA